UUGAACACAGUACGAUUCGACCAUGUACAAAACAGACGCCACUGUACCCAGUAUCUUUGUAUUCGGCUAAUUAACGAUUACGACGGUUUUUUGGCGCGUUUCGCCCGAGUAUACACAUAAUUUUAGUAUACACUUAUAGAUCGUCGCUUUUUCUCUCGUACCUACGCAUAUAUUCGUCGACGAAAGUUUGAUUUUUUUUUAGUUUGGUUUUUUAGUUCUUUUUUUUUAUUUGGUUGUUUUGGUUUUCCUCUAUAUUUUUUUUCACUAUUUUUUUUCUCUUUCGUUUGUAUAUUUAUGGAACGAUUUUCGCAGUAUGGAUAAAAAUUUCAUUCGGAAGCCGGUUUUGCUCGUUUUGAUACCGAAAUACUGCUGAUAAUAGAAAUAUCGAUGCGGUUUUUUAUUAAUUUUUUUUUUUUACUUACGGUGUGAAUGAUUAAUUCUUCGUUACCUAUAUUAUUGGAACCGGUUCGCGACGAUAAAGAAGCAAAGUUGAUUUUUCCGCUCACUUUGAAAACACUAUGAACGAUGAAGAAUGUAAAAAAUUAUCAAACGAGGAUAUUACUCCGGAAUAUCCGCUCGAUUUGAAGACUUCGUCGCAAUCUGCACGUUUUGUUGCGCGUAAAACCUCGACCAACACGAUGCCUCAAAGGUCGCCUUUCGCCAUCCAGGAAUUGCUGGGAUUGUCGGAUUCUGGGAAUGUGAACCAGCAUCGAAGUCCGACCGCUGCCAUAUCGGCCAUAACGCCUUCGUAUAAUGCUGCCCAAAGACCUAUACCGACCUCGUGCUUUGGCCAGCAUCAUCAUCAAAUGUCCAUAGCAGCAGUGAAUGCUAGCCGGAUGGCUUACUUUAAUGCUCAGGCUGCGGUUGCGGCUGCCUUCUUACCCCAUAAUAUGAAUCCGUUGGCAGGGAGCACCCCCGGUACACCUUCGGCUAUGUUAGGUUUGACUAAUCAUAGAGAGAAUGCCGCUUCCGCUGGAUACUGCGACUUUUCAUUCGCCGAUGAGCUAUCAAGUGCCGUGGCCGAAGCCCUUUAUAACCAGAAAAUGGAUAAAAAUUUUGGUACCGGUGGAAAAAACACCUACGGAGAAAUUGACUUUAUUCAAGAUCGCGGCUUUCCGCAUUUAUCAAAAACAGCCGGGUUUACUGCCAGUAGUUGUAUACCUAAUCUCGCCCACCUGAAUCAAGAAUCUAAUAAAGAUUAUAAUUCGGAUCAUUUAGCUUCAUUCAGUUCUGGUAAAAAGAAGAAAAAAAGACGUCACAGGACUAUAUUCACAAGUUACCAAUUAGAAGAAUUAGAAAAGGCAUUUAAAGAAGCUCAUUAUCCGGAUGUAUAUGCUAGAGAAAUGUUAUCGUUGAAGACAGAUUUACCAGAAGAUAGAAUUCAGGUGUGGUUUCAAAAUCGACGAGCUAAAUGGCGAAAAACGGAAAAAUGCUGGGGCAGAAGUACAAUCAUGGCCGAAUACGGACUUUACGGUGCUAUGGUCAGACAUUCGUUACCGUUACCAGACACCAUAUUAAAAAGCGCUAAAGAAAACGAAUGCGUUGCUCCUUGGCUUCUAGAACGGGAUAUUUUUGUUACAGGUAUGCAUAGAAAAUCGCUGGAAGCCGCCGAGCAGCUGAAAGACGACAACACGACGACGAGCAACCAAAGCGACAAAGACGCCGAUGACGACGACGACGCCGACGACGACAUAGGUAAUUCGUCCGAUGACGAUAACGACGCCGACGACGACAGCACCACUGGCCAAAGUAUGAAAAACGACCAUCCGAUGUCGUCGAAGAAACCAAACCGAGAUAUCGAUCCGGCCUCGAACAAGGAGGAUAAAUCGGGUUCAGCAGCAGCAGCAGCAGCAGCCGCAGCCAAUGCCAAUUCAGCCGACGACAAAGAUACCGGCAGUAGUAAUAACAAAGUGGUCAGCGAGCAUUACCAAAACGGAUCUCCUAAACCGGCUUCGGCGUACGCCACCGAGACGCCCGAAGAAGCUCAUAUGAGAAUACGACAAGAAAUCCAAUCGCAUAUGGAACAACAGCAUGCGGCCAUCAUGCAGCUAACGGCCGGAUCUAGGACGGAUCCGGAAGAAUUUAGGAAUAAUAGUAUCGCUUGUCUGAGAGCCAAAGCUCAAGAACAUAACGCCAAGUUGUUCAGUCUGUCCGCCGAUGCGCUGAUGUUGGUCAACAGCAACGCAGCAGCUGCGGCCGCAUUCCUACAGCAUCGGUCGUCGUUGACCAACAACAUGCCCUCGCAUUACGACGCCAAUGCUAAUAAUUUACCCAAUAUACAUAAUUAUUACCCGAAUAACCAUCAGCCUCCGCCGGAGAUCACCAAUAGUGAUAUUAUUACGUCGUCCGAUUCGUCGCCUAUUUUUUAAUAUACAAAUAUACCUAUACCUGUUUACCUGUGUUUCCUCCUACUCCUCAUAAUAUGUAUUAAGGUCACCUGAUCUCAGCUGACCUGAUCUGACCGGACCGGUGCCCGGAACGUGGAUGAUUUUGUACUCUACGAAUUGUUGUCCUAAUGAUCCAAGAGUUGUGUUUUUUUUUUAUUAUUAUUGUGUAACGAUGUACUAUUUUUGUCCAGUGUUUUCUUUCCUCUCUCUCUCUUUCUCUAUCGAUGUCUCUCUCGAGUCGAAGGUGCGAUUUGAUUUUUAUGGGUCUCUUUUAAUUUUUUAAUGAAUUUUAUCGUUGUUAUUUGUAUGUAACUUUUUUUUAAAAUCGUGUAUCGAUGAUUUUUUUUUCUAUUGUUUUUUUUGUUGCCUUUUUUUUAUCCCCGUCCUCCCUAUUUUACGUAGCCCAUUUUCCUUAUUUUGUUUCGUUUCGACGAAGGGUACGGAUAUUUUGUUUUUUAGGGGUUGAUGAGUGAUGAUGAUGUUGUCUACAAGACGGUGAAAUUUAGAAAAAGUAUUCAAAAAAGAGCCAUGAAACAAAUUUUGAUUUUUUACCCAUCGGAUAUUUUUUCAAAAUUUUGGUAAUCUAGUUUUAAAAAUUUAAUUUUCCGAAUUCCGAUUUUAAAAUAAUAAGUAGGUACCUAUUGAAAAAUUAAAAUUAAAAUUUCAAAAUUUUCAAGAUCUUAAAAUCAUUUUUUUUGUUUUUUAUUUUUAAUUUUUUUUUUUAUUUCGAAUAUUAUUAAUUUAGAUUCUCGACUUCAUCGGCCCAUUUUACAAUUUUCCUGCCCUCUCAAACCCCCCCCCCCACACGAGAGCAAAUUUAUUAUUUUUUGGCAAAAAAAGGUUCCUCACUAAAAUUAAUUUUAAUCCUUUAUAAAUUAUUUUUUCUUUCUGUCUCUUCUUCUGCUCCUCCUCUUUCCCUCCUCAGCCCCCCCCCUAAAUCAAAUAUUUUGAAACCUUGGAAAAAAUUUCAAUUCAUGGAAAGUUGAAGUGAAAAAAUUACAAAAAAAAGAAGACCCCCCCCCCAAUCUCCUCGCCAUCACCAAAAAAUGCUCGAUUGCUGAGAAAAUAAUUGUACAAUAUUUCAAUUUAAAAUGAGAAGAAUAGAAGCAAUUCUCCUCCCCUUCCCCCUCCUUUAUUUGUAUGAUCUCCUUCAACUUCAAGGGAAAAACAUUGAAAAAUUGAUAAAAACUUGAUCGAUUGUUGAGAAUGAUAAAAAAAAUAUUAAUUAAAAAUAAGUUACUUAAAUCGAAACAACUCCUUCCUUCCUUCCCUUGGAGAAAAAUUAUAAAAAUUGAAAAAAUGUCUCGAUCGUUCAAGAAAAAAUUUUUCUGGUCCAAGUUCAAAAUAAAUUUAAAAUAAAUAGAUUGAUAUUGAGUAUAAAAGAAACUAUUUCCAUCCCCCUCCAUCCCCCUUCCAGAAAAAAGUAUAAAAAUUGAAAAAAAGUUGCUCGAUUUCUGAGACUAAACAUCAUUAGAAUGAAAAUGAGUAAAAUAUCAACUCCCUCCAUGUAAUCUCCCCCCCCCCCC